CCUAUACGCAAACUUUGUUGGCACACUCUUCCAGACUGCUCCAUUUUCAAUCUCUUCCCCAUUAAGGAUCGUACUUUGAAGGGUAGAAGCCUAUAAAAACGGUGUAGAAUGGGUGAACGACGCUACGAGGGCAAAGAGCAUGCACACUCUUAUCAGAAAUACAGAGUGUCUCCGCUGGAGCUUGUGGAGGAAAUGAUAUCAUUUAUAGAGAAAAGGCAGAAAACAAAGCCAUUUCCUCUUGCUGUGGAUGUGGGAUGUGGAUCAGGGCAGGGGACCGUGCUGCUGGUUCCUCACUUUCUCCAAGUGGUUGGCACAGAUAUCAGCCCUGCCAUGCUUGAGCUUGCCCAGGCUUGUGACCAUCCUCCCAAUGUCUCUUACAGGCAGUGCCCAGCAGAGCAGUUGCCCUUUGAGGAUGGCACGGUGGAUCUGCUCACGGCCAUGACGGCCGCGCACUGGUUCGACCGCCCUCGCUUCCUGCUGGAGGCCGAGCGAGUCCUGAGGCCGGGGGGCUGCCUGGCCCUGAUCAGCUACACCAUGGACUUUGAGCUGGAGUGGGGCGAUCGCAGCGGCCACCUCAACGCCAUCUGUCAGGAGUUCUACGCAGCUCUACUACCGUACCGCAUACCUCAUCUGGGUACCAGUUCUCUGAUGCUUUACAAGCAGAUGUACGACUCCAUCCCUUACGAAGACAAGGAGUGGCAUGAAUGUUUGCGGGUUCGGAGAAAGAUGCCUCUCUCCGGCUACAUCCACAUGGUAGAGACCUUCACAAGCUAUCAGGCUCUGCUGCAGAAGGAUCCCUUGGAAGCACAGAAACUUUCUCAGGACAUCACAGACAAGUUAGUCUCAGCUAUGGGUGUUUCAUCUCCUGAGACAGAAGUCACCGUGGUGGUAAAAUACUUCUAUCUGCUGGCCUGUAAACCAUCAACAAAGUGAAUGUUGUUAUUGCAAAAGCUAACAAUGACACGCUAUGGUUGUAUAACAUAGUAACUAACACAAAUGGAAAAUGUUUAAUAGGCUAAAGCCUAAUGUUUUAUAGUUCAGCUAAAGAAAAAUCUGAUAACACUGAUUAAGGUAGCCUAAACUGCAAGUAAUGUUUUGUUUUACCUUUUGAUUUAGGCCCAAUAGUUUUUCUUCCUUUGGGUAUACUGUUAUCAGAUGCAUUACAUCCAUUCCCUCGGUAUAACUGACCAAAAUAAUGUAAUAAACUGUUGUGUCAUAACAACUAGAUAUAUAAGUUUCUGUUUUCAAAUAAAAGACAACAAUUUCUUAUCCUUA